ACGCGCAGAAAGCUUGUUUUAGAAAGUCGAAGGAAUCCACAAAUUGCAAUCACCGCAGCAGUAAUUCAGUAAAAGACGAAAUCUUUAUAUGAUGAGAGCUCUUUCCCUCUCCACAUUUUCUUCUCCCAUUCCCUCUUCCCAAAGAUUGUUGGUGAAAAUGUCAGCAACAGCCACCAGAAGCACGGCAACUCCGGCGGCUUCAAUGGCCGUGAAGCCACCGGCCCACCCCACUUAUGACCUCAAGAGUGUUAUACGUCUUGCCCUGUCUGAGGAUGCUGGUGAUCUAGGGGAUGUGACUUGUAAAGCUACGAUUCCUGAUGAAAUGGAAGUGGAAGCGUGUUUUUUGGCGAAGGAGGAUGGUAUUGUGGCUGGUAUUGGACUAGCUGAAAUGGUGUUUAAGGAGGUUGAUCCUUCUCUUAAGGUGGAGUGGUAUGCGAAAGAUGGUGAUAAUGUACACAAAGGCUUGCAAUUCGGUAAAGUACAUGGAAGGGCACAUAGUAUUGUUGUGGUCGAAAGGGUUGUUCUUAACUUUAUGCAGAGGAUGAGUGGAAUAGCAACUCUAACAAAGGCCAUGGCAGAUGCUGCACACCCUGCAAUCAUUUUAGAGACACGGAAAACUGCCCCAGGCUUAAGAUUAACGGAUAAAUGGGCGGUUGUAAUAGGUGGAGGUCAGAAUCAUAGAAUGGGUUUGUUCGAUAUGGUCAUGAUAAAAGACAAUCACAUAUCUAUAGCUGGAGGUGUCCCGAAUGCCCUGAAAUCUGUGGACCUUUAUUUAGAGCAAAAUCAUCUUCAAAUGGGCGUCGAGGUUGAAACGAGGACUUUGGAGGAAGUAAAUGAAGUUUUGCACUACGCAUCCACAACAAAGACAGCCUUGACCAGAAUAAUGCUGGAUAAUAUGGUUGUCCCCCUGUCUGAUGGCGACAUUGAUAUAUCCAUGCUUAAAGAAGCCGUGAAAUUGAUCGAUGGGAGGUUUGAGACCGAGGCGUCUGGAAAUGUCACCAUUGAGACUGUGCACAAGAUUGGACAGUCGGGGGUUACCUACAUUUCUAGUGGCGCGCUAACACAUUCUGUUAAAGCACUUGACAUUUCCUUGAAGAUCGACACGAAACUUGCACUUGAAGUUGGAAAGCGUACGAAACGAGCAUGAUACUUUCAAGCCAAGUGUAUUAGAAAAUCGUUUCGCCUUUUUUGCUUUGUAGGCUGCUGGUUUUUUAGUUUGGAAUGGAGAGAUUACAGGAUCUGAGCUAAAGGUUCACACUUAUGUGGUGUGGAUUUCUAUGAUGCCAAAAAUAAGUGAUACAUGUAAGAAUGUUCAAUACUAGUAGUAAUUCUAGUGUUGUGAUUAUAUCAAUCAUAGUUGCAAAGUUUGGCUAAA